GGUCAAAUUCUGACAACGCUAGCUCAAUAUUUGAACUAUUGGGAAUAACACCACAGAGAGCUGUGGUCUACUUUGUGAUGACGUUCAUCGCAACGGGGCAGUACAAAAUUUAUUAGGGAGCCAGAGGUGUAUUCAUGUUUCAUUGUAGAGUCGGCAUGCAGAGAUGACCUGAAUCGUCGAAUUGUACGCGCGAAACUAUUAAAAGCAUAAUUUAUUUGAGGAACUUUAAUUUCUGACUGACAAGGGCUUCGCUUUUUGCCAGAAGGGGAAUAUUACCUCAGUUUCAACAAUAGAACUUUUCAAUGACAACAAUUUAAAAGAUUGGGAGAUAGAGAUAAAGGCAGUAAAAGCAACUAAUUUUUCUUACUAUACAUUCAAGAAAAUAGCUAACAGACAAACAAUUUGUGCGACGAAGAAACUCCAGUAGCUGAAUCAGUUUGAGAAAUUUAGCGUUGCCUCAUAUGAUCUUCAGUCAACAGAUCUCCUACACCUGCUAUCUUAGCAAACUGAUUAGGUAAUACUUAACUCGGCGCUUUGCUUGUAUUCCGCCUUCGCACGACAAGACAUGCAUGCCUGGAUAAUAUCUCUCUUUUGUACGGCUGUCUAUGGAAUAAGUCGUAUUUCACAACCUGGUUUGAAAGCGGUCAACUUUGCCCGACCAAUAGAAGGCUGGAAGCUGAAUGGAAGCGUGAUAAGCGAAAAAGAAGUAGAUUCGGAAAGUUCUUGUCGUUUUGAGUGCGUACAGGAUGAGCGAUGUAAGUCUUUAAACUUUGGAUCGAAAAAGAACAACGCUGGAAGGCAUAUGUGUCAAUUGAGCGACUCUGAUCGAUUUGUUGGUCGUGUAAACUUCACAGAGGCUGGAGAUUUCCGUUAUAGAGGAAUAAAGAGCAUCUGUGAGUCGGAGAACUCGCCAUGUGGAGAAAAUGGAGUCUGCAUUCCUGACCCUCGAGAUAAAAGCUUGCGAUGCAAUUGCCUUGAAGGCCACACAGGAAAACCAUGUAAACCGAAAAGCUGCGCCCAAAUUCUUCAAGAUGGUUUCACAUCCAGUGGCGUGUACACCAUCAAUCCAGAUGGCGGCAAACCAAUGCAAGUGUUGUGUGACAUGGUCACGGACGGUGGAGGCUGGACAGUCUUUCAGAGGCGCUUGGACGGCUCUGUUGACUUCUUUCUUGGAUGGGAAUCCUACAAAAACGGUUUUGGAAAUCUGAAAGGAGAGUUCUGGCUCGGAAACAACAACAUUCACCGUUUGACGGCUGCUGGUAACGUCUCACUGAGAGUCGAUUUGGAGGAUUUUGAAGACGACGUCAGAUACGCUGAGUACACGACUUUUAAGGUUGCAGACGAGGAAGACAACUUCCGGCUUGUGAUUGGAGGAUACAAUGGUACUGCUGGUGACUCGAUGGCAGUCCAUAAUGGGUCACCGUUUUCAACGAAAGAUAAUGACACAACAGAUAUCUGUGCCCAGUUGUACAAAGGAGCCUGGUGGUACAAGGACUGUCAUGAAUCCAACCUCAACGGAUUAUAUCUUAAAGGAGCUCAUUCAUCUGAUGCUGAUGGUGUUAACUGGAAGGCCUUCAGGGGAUGGCAAUAUUCACUGAAACGUACUGAGAUGAAAGUGAAGUAGCUAGGCCGAAUUCUAAGCGAAGUUUUUGCCUAAUUUUCUACAAGUGCAUUUGGUACAAUGGUAAUUUUAUUGUUCCAGCUUUUAAUCUACUGAUAGUCAAAUUGAGACAAGUACUUUGUGUCGACCUAUUUCUUGUUUAUGAGCAAAUACGAAGACAAAGUGCCACUGAGCUAGAACAGGGAGAAAAACGAAGGUCGAGUGUUUCGUUUUCAAAGCACAGAACUAUGAUCUGAGGAAAAUGUUCGCUUCUAUCUCGGAUAGCAAUCGUAAUAGUUGAAGUAAUAGUUUUGUAUUAAAAUCCGAAUUUUUCUUUUUUUGUGACUAUUUUUGUUUUCCCUAUUUCAGGAAGCAGUUUCUUUAUGUCAACUCUAAACAUUAUACCAAUAAAUAACAAAAUUGCAAGUAAUCCUAUGAUUUCCUUCUUUGUUCACUUGUUUGUUAUUUUUGCUUGUCUUGGUUCUGAUUGGCUGAAACGACUUUAGUUUCGCAAGUCUCCGGGUUUGUUGUCCACCUGGCCAACACGAAAGGGCUCCGUUUUGAAAUGUAUCCACCCUGGACAGCGUUUUCAAAUGCAAACGUUUUCCAACGCCUCAGUGUAGACGGUAGGCGAAAACCCAACGUAAGCGAGUUUCAAACGAAAAUGCACCACUGCU